GCCGAACUCGCAAAGCUUGUGGAAGCCCGCGAGCCGCUUCUCAAACACACAUUCGGCUUCAUUGAUGGGAAGAACUUAAGGGUUCAGCAGCCGUCGAAUGCGGACUUGCAGAACGCCAUGUAUAACGGGUGGUUGCACUCCGUUUUCGUGACUGGCACAAUCUGCUUCGCAGCCGACGGCCGCAUCAUUUGGUGUAAGCACAAUUGCCCCGGGUCGUGGAACGACUCCGACUCCUCCUUGGACUUCCGUUCCAAGUUGCUCGACCCUACCCUUUGCCCGGACACACGUAUGAACGUGGUGUCGGACUCGGCCUUCCCGUGUUCGCCCAGCAUGGUCGGUCGCAUCCUGACUACUCUCAAAGAUGGCGAUCUCGAGAGGAUUCUCCCGUCGCUGAGAAGCUCCGCGCGGGCGCUUCAUAACGCCAUCACGUCCGUGAGGCAGGCGGCGGAGUGGGGCAUGGGGAGCAUG